CGAUUAGGCCGAUCUCAAUCCCCAGUAUACCGUCGACGUCAACCUUGGCUGUACCGUGAUGUACACCUUCGUCCUGCUUUGCACCGCCGUUGGCAUUGCGGCAGCUGCCGGAUCCUCCACCGGAACGGUGGCUUGUGCCAGCGAGAGAAGCAAAGUGUGCCUCGUAAAGUCCCUGAACGGUGGAGGAGCACCGGAAUGGCCAGAUUUGAGCAUCCGGACCCAGCUGCAGGUGGCCAGCGGGCACCUCAAAAUGCUGUCGCGUCCGAUGACCGAUCGGAUGCAGAAACUUCGCACACUACAGCUCGAAGGACUGAAGCUGGAGAGUGUAUUCGUGCGGGCAAACUUUGAGGAGCUCCGGCUGAGUGGCAACGCGAUCGUGAACCUAACCACUGACCCCCAGGAUAUUAGUCCACCACCGUACCGCCUAAAAGUGCUCGAUCUGCGCUCGAAUCGCUUCGCGAACGUAUCGCAGCUAGCCCCGUUCCGGAAGCUGGUGGAGCUGCUGCUUGACGGCAACGCCAUCUCGGUGCUUGAGAUGGGCCCGUUCCAAGGGAUGACCGGGCUGCGACGGCUGUCGGUGGCCGGCAACCGGAUCGGUCGUGUCGUUUCGACCCUAUCGCCACCGCUCGUGCUCGGUGAGCUCGUACACCUGUCGUUGGCCUCCAAUCGGCUGCAGGAGCUCGAUAUGGGCACGUGGCAGUUGCCAUCGCUCGAAAAUCUACAGCUGAACGACAAUCAGCUGACCGAGCUGGCCGGGCUCCGGAAUUUUGACCAGUUUGUCAGUCUCGCCCGGCUCAAUCUGGUCGGUAACCGGUGGAGCUGCCCGUGGCUGACCGGGGCACUAGCGGACGCAGCCACCAUUGUGCUCGAACGCAGCCCACCGGCAGAAUGUUCGAUCGAGCAGGUGGCCGGCGUGUGUUGUCAGUUCCCGACGGCACCCUCGGGGAGCGCGGAGCAGCUGUUUGUGCCCGAAACACGGAUCGCCCGCGAGAAGUUGCGCAAGAUCGAAGCCCUUCAGGAAAAGCUCCCCGGCGAAUGGGACCUGCUACUGAAGCAGUUCGAGGCGAAGCUCCAGGACCAGCUGAACAAAGCGCUGUCGGUGGAAACACCCGCCAGUGCGCCGGUCACCCUGGAAGAUGUCGAGAAGUUGCGCGGCGAGCUUAAUACUCUGGUCGAACACGCCACGGAACUGGAGGACGCGAUGACCCAGAACGUACAGAACGAGAAGCGAUUGCUUCAUUUCAUAAUCGAUAUGAAAAACCGACUCCUGAGCCAGGCCAUCGAAAUGGACGCGUUGGUGGCAAGUUUGAGCAGCGAUUGGAUCGAGCUAACCCGGCGCUUCAACUAAAGCGACGCCAAGUGUCUUCUUUAUUAAUAAACGAAACAGAUUUACAAAAAAUCGGUGUUCGAUUCGCCAUUGUCUUCGCUUAUUUGAGCAAGGAAUUCGAGCAGCGCCUCCACCUUUCGUUCCAGCUUUUGGGAGACACGCGCCUGGAGCGUGCUGCUCUGGGCCACGGCUCGGUCCAGUAGCUCGCGAAUGCUGUCCAUGUCCUUCGACUGCCGGUCCAGUACGGCCUGCUGUUUGUAGGCCUUAUCCGUGUACAGCUGCAUCUGCUGCGUGCUCUGCUGCAACAAUCCCCGAAGUUCCUUUAGGGCGCCCUCGUGCGCUACGCUGGUCUGGUGCCAACUACUACUCCCCAAGGUCGUGUUUGUGUCCACCAAUUGCGUACCAUUCCAGCGUUCGUUGAUCGAUUCCCGUACCUGGUCGAUCUGCUCCCUCAUCCGUGAUUCGAGCCCGCUUAUUUCGUCGUCUUUCAGUUCAUCAACUUUCGCGCCCAACGACUUGAGUCCGUCGUCCGUCCGGUUCUGAUGCUCCAGCAGAUCCUCGAGCUGGCCAGCCAGUGUGUUGCGGUGCGUUUCGAUCAAGCGCAGCGUGGCGUUGGCGUUCUCCAGAAGCGUGCGGUUCAGGUUGGUGAUCUUCUUCGACAGAUCGCCAAUCUCGGACCACUUGCUGUCGUACACGUCCAUCGCGCCGGGUGCGACCUUCUCCGAGGUGCAACAGUGCCGGCCCAUGCGUGUCAGCUUCUCCUCCUCGCAGCGUCCGGCCGGAUCCUGGUCCAGCGUGUACCGCUGAUCCGGUACGUCGACGGUGUAAAGGCUCUGGACGAGCAGCCAGUCACAGUUCCAGCGAUUGCGGGCCAGCUCGACGUGCGCCAGCGCCGGGAACUGAUCCAACUUUCCCUCCACCCAGUUCAGCCCGUUCGCGGUCAGGUUCAGGUCCGCCAACGAUGGGAACUCCCAGUGCUGCAUGUCCAGUGCGACUAGAUCAUUUCCGGCGAACGACAGGGUGCGCAGCUUGUCUAGCUGUAGCGGAGCACUCUGAGGAGCCAGUACCACCGUGGUCAG